UUUCCAUGACCAAAUCACCAGGUCGUUUGCCAUACGUUGCUUCAGCUCUGCAACUUCAUCCAAAUCGCUUGGCUCACAAACUCACAAUAGACCAUGGUUAGGCAGAUGCAUCAUCCGUGCACAGAUGAGUCAUGCGACACACGUACACUCAAAUGACCCUAUUUAUUCCUUUCCUGCAUUAGCAGAAGCUACAUUGUAAAAACAAUUCAUCGUUGAUCACAACUAGUAUUCGUAGCUCCAAGAACUGAAAGAGCUACCGUAUCAGAUGGGUGCGUACGCAGCUCUGACGCCGGUUGUUAGCAAGAUCUUCUGCAGCAGCUCGCAAGCCGUGCUGAUGGUGCGCCGCCGCCCUCCCACGGUGAACGGCGGCGGGUUCGUCGUCACCGACCGUGAUCAGAGGGUCGUCUUCAGCGUCGACGGCUGCGGGAUCAUCGGUGCUAGCGGCCAGCUGAUCGUCAGGGACGGUGAUGGCACUGCCAUCCUCUUCAUCCACAAGAAGGGAGGAGUUGUUCAAGUGUUGAGCAUUAACAAUUGGUGGAAGGGAUAUCUCAUGGACUAUGGUGAACCCAGCAAGCUGGUUUUCAGCUUUCAAGAUCCUAAGCCGGUGCUCUGCAUGAACGGCGAUGUCAGGGUCGCUGUUGAGCCAAAGGGAAGAAAGAGGCACUGGGAUUAUGAGGUGAUCGGGUCAUUUUCUCAGAGAGCUUGCACUGUCAGGAGCCGAGCAGGCCAUGUCGUAGCACAGAUUGGAGUGAAAGGGAUGCUGGCUGGUAAGGACUUCUACCAUGUGGUGGUGCAGCCAGGUUAUGACCAGGCGUUUGUGGUUGGUGUAAUUGCCAUUCUUGACAACAUCCAUGGGGAAUCGACAAGGUGUUAAUAGCAAUCAUUGGAUAAGAAUGUAUUAACUAGCAAAUUUGUUUCAAUUGCGUUAGUUCGUUAUUAAUCAUGCUGCUAGAUAACUUAUUUUAACUUUUUGUUGAUACACUAGCAGCACACAAUAUGUUGUAAAUAUUGUAAAUUGGUUUGGUGAGAAGUUUACUUAAUUAAAUACAAAUAACAUCUAUGUAACUUAGUUUGCAGACCUUACUGAUAGAUGAAAACUUCUAUUUGUAAAA